AUGACGACUUUUCUUACCUACAUUAUUCUAGUGCCAGAGGCUCUUCACCUUGGAGACCUGAUGGGGAUGUGGGUACGGCCUGCCACGAAAAUAACACUGCCUCCCUCGGAUUUUCAGGGGCCCACAAGAGGGGGUAAUAACCGCCCUUACAAAGAAAAGAAACUCUCCCCGGAACUCUUGCCGACAUCUUUGAGUUCGUUUGCCUUACCACGCCUGAUGGUGUCACCCUAUCAUGUGCCAACCGGUUACUUCGCAGGCCGCCUGCAGCAGCAGCAGCAGCACUGCAAACUAACCAACCCACCAACCGGCACCACCUAG